UCUAAUUGAAGAAUAAAAGAGAAAUCUUAAUCUUACAGUAUUUGAUAGAUUCUUCCAAACGGAAAUAUCGAUGCAUUAUUUAUUUUGGAAUCGCGUCAUAAGAUUUGGAAACCAUUACGAAUGUUAAUUGUCAAAAAAUCAUUAUAUCAAUGUUAAUUAUUUAAUUAAAUUGAUUUUAUGAAUUGCUAAUAAAAGCAAUUAAUUUAAUUAUUAAAUAAUGGAAAAACAACCGUUAAAUCCAAAAGAUGAUAAACCUCCGUCUUACUCGGCGGCAACUGCACCAAAAGUAAAUUGUUCAUGGCAACCACCACCAGGUUACAAUUCCACACAAUGUCAAGAAUCUACUUCAUGGCCUCCACCUCCAGGAUAUUAUCCUAGUGCCAGUGAAACUAAUAAUCAUAACUAUGUACCUUCUUAUGGCUCUACACAAUCAACCACAAUAAUUAUGCCAGAAAUUAUUUUAGUUGGAGGAUGUCCUGCAUACAUUAAGUAUAAAGGAAACGACCAUCACGGGAGCAGAUUGAAGAAAACUUCGAUGCCCGCGAACGAAGAAACUUUGAGCAUGACUUCGGAUCAAAUAAAAGACAAUUUAUUCGGAAAAGUUUACGAUGAUAGUAUACAGAACAAUUUUGAUUGUGAAUCUUCUAGUGAUGAUGAAGAGGACUAUCAAAAUGAUUGCUCACGAUCUAUUGUCAAAGAAAAUUUCAAAGAAAUUUGUAAUUACAAAAGUCUUCCGGUACGAGAAAUCCAUAAGAAAUUCAUGAAAAGCUUCGUUAAUUUACUUCUGGAAGAAGCAGUUUUUGAGGGCACUUUAAGAAGAAAUAGAGUAGUAGAGUGGAUAGAACCAACAACACUCCAUUCAAUAAUUGAUUUAAAAUUAUCCGACCAGGGAUGCUCUUACGAGACACUUUUGACUCUUGCUCACAAUGUAAUUAAGUACAGCGUAAAAACAGGUCAUCCUCGAUUUAUAAAUCAAUUAUACUCCAGUGUAGAUCCUUAUGGCCUUCUUGGACAAUGGCUAACCGAUGCCUUGAAUCCGUCAGUCUAUACUUAUGAAGUUUCUCCAGUCUUCUCUUUGAUGGAAGAGGAAAUAUUGCGAGAGAUGAGAAAAAUAAUCGGUUGGAGGGAUGGUAGAAGUGAAGGAAUAUUCUGUCCUGGUGGUUCUAUCGCCAACGGAUAUGCAAUUAAUCUGGCACGCUAUUACAAAUUUCCUCGAUUAAAAGAGCUAGGCUUAUUCAAUACUGGUAGAUUAAUAAUUUUCACAUCCAGAGAUGCUCAUUAUUCUGUAAAGAAACUCGGUGCAUUUUUAGGAAUAGGUACUGAAAAUGUUUAUGAAGUGAAAACUGAUGAUAAAGGAAAGAUGUGCAUAACAGAUUUGAAAAUACAGAUCAAGAAAGCUCUUCAAGAAAACGCAAUACCUUUGAUGGUUUCUGCUACAGCAGGAACCACAGUUUUAGGUGCCUUUGAUCCUUUAAAAAAUAUAGCUGCCAUCUGUAAGAACUAUAAUCUUUGGUUCCAUGUAGAUGCAGCUUGGGGAGGAGGAGUUUUGAUGUCUAAAAAAUAUAAAUAUCUCUUGGAUGGUAUUGAAUUAGCAGAUUCUGUUACUUGGAAUCCACAUAAAUUAUUAGCCGCUCCGCAACAAUGUUCAACACUAUUGCUGCGUCAUGAGGGUCUUUUACAAGAUGCACAUGGUUCAAAAGCCAGUUAUCUCUUUCAACCAGAUAAAUUCUAUGAUACUUCUUUCGACAGUGGAGAUAAACAUAUUCAAUGUGGUCGUAGAGCAGAUGUACUGAAAUUCUGGUUUAUGUGGAAGGCGAAGGGUACUCGAGGCUUAGAGAAACAUGUGGAUCGAGUCUUCAAAUUAGCACGAUACUUCACAAAUUACAUAAGACACCGAGAAGGCUUUAAAUUGAUACUCGAACCUGAGUGCACCAAUGUCUGUUUCUGGUACGUGCCACCUUCAAAGCGUCAGUUACAAAAUGAAGAAUUGUUGAAAACUCUUCAGAAGAUUGGACCAGCUGUAAAAGAGCGUAUGAUGAAAAAAGGAUCGAUGUUAAUCACGUACCAACCUUUACGAGAGCUACCUAAUUUUUUCAGACUUGUUUUACAGAAUUCUGGACUGACAGAGACUGAUAUGAGAUUUUUUGCAGAAGAAAUUGAGAGGCUCGCCAUUGAUUUGUAGAAUUGAUUUUUUUUUAUAAAAUUUUAAAUUCUAAUAAUACAAAAUUUAAUUCAAAAAAUUUUUGUUUAUGAUAAUAAUAAAAUUUUUUUAAUAAUAAUCAAUCGAUUAUUAGUUCGAUCGAUCGAGUAUUAUAUAUAAUACAUUGAUAGCUUUAUUUUCUGAUUUAUUUAUUUUUUUUUAAAACAUUGUUUCAUGAUAAAUUUUAUGUUUAUUUUUUUUAAAUUACAUUAAGCUUUUAUUUCAAAAUAUGGAUUACUUAAAUAACAGAUACGCUUUUUUAAAAAAGAAUUAAAAUUAACUAUACUAUAUUAACUUUUAUAUAGAAUUAUACAUGAUUCAACAUCCACUUAAUCUCAUUUAAAUUCUCUUUAUAUAUUAAUUAACGUAUUCAAGAAUUUCAAGAAAAUAUAAUUUUCAAAAUUAUCAAUUACAUUUUUACUUAUUAUUUAAAAAUUAAUUAAUCAUAGUGUUUUAUUUGCAAAACAUUUAUGUGAAAUAAUAAAUUAUUAGUUAUAUUAUCGAUAUAUAUAUUAAUAUAUUGUUAAUAUACAUUAUUGAAUACACGUUAUCAAAUAUAUAUUUAUAUUUUUAAUAAGUUUCAUUUAAAAAUGAUAAUAAAUAUAGAUGUUACACAUUUUUUAAUUUUUUAUUAGUAUUGUGGAUCUUGAACAAAUAUAAACACAAAUUUUUUUUAGUAAAUGAAUUUCAUUGAAUGUAUGUAAUUUAUAUACAUAUGAUAAAAACUUUAAAAUCUAUUUUAAAUUCAUUUGUACAUUUUGUUUAUAUUGAUAACAGUUUAUUCCUCCAUGAAAAUUGCAUAUAAUGCAAAUUUAUAAUUAUAUUUAAUCUACUCAAAUGUAAAUUACAAUAUACUAUCUAUGUACAGUAGAAAUCCGUUUAUAUAAAUCAGAGGAUAAUCGAUUUAUCAGAUCAAUAAAAAUUUUAUUCAACAUUUAUAAUUGUUCACAUAAGAGCUCAUUCACAUAAGAGAAUUCUAUUAAACAUUUAUCAUUAAAUACAUAAUAAUGUUUAUAUACAUUUAAAUAAGUGGAACAAUGCUUAAUGAUAAUUCAUAUAAUAAAGGUAAAGAUUUAGAUAAUAAAAAUACAAA